GCGUUUGUUUCUGAACUUCAUCUUCUCCAACAAACAUGUCCGCACCUACAGAGCUCCAUGCAGAUCCCCAGUCUAUCAAGAAGCUUGAGAAGGAACUCUCGAUGGAGGCCAAAUCUGAGGAAAAGAUAUUGCAGUCAGCCUUCAAACACAUGCACAAGCAGGAGAAAUUGGAAGCCAAAACCUCCAAGUCCGUAGAAAAAGCAGAGAAAUCCGUCAAGAAGCUGGAAAAGCUGGAGCUGGAGACCGUUAAAUCCCUCCAUGCCAUCACUCGCAAACAUGAUGUAGCUGUCGCAGACCUUCACAAUGCGCAGGCGGGCCUUCAUACCGAGCAACAGCAGUUAGAGACUCUCAAACAACGCCUCUCAACUGCACGAAGACACGUCGACCAAGUCGCUAAGGAUAAGAAUGAUCAUGAUCGUGAACGUUACGAUAGACUUCACUCAAGCCCGCCUACCGAGAUCGGUGGUCCCAUCGCGGGCACUUCAGGGGCCUCUACCGGUGCGAGUCAGGACAGAACGUGAAGUAGGAUCACGUCAACGGGGGGUUUGGACUCAUUGUUUCCACCUUAAUCGAAUAAUCACUGUAUUCCCACUUUAUUUGUUUUCACGGUGUAAUGUUGCAAUUUUAUUUUUCUCGCACAAGGUU